GGAUGGCUGACAGCAGAAGGAUCCCGGACCUGACCCGGAGUGCAGCCAUGAGCCCCCUGUGUUUUUUGUACUUUGCCCUGCCUUCGCUGGCCGCCUACAUCACGAUCUCCAUCUUCUUCCUACGCCGCCCUCGCCUCCUGCAUACACCCCAUUCACCAGCCUUCCGGGGCCGCCUGACAGCGCACCGAGGAGGGUCUGGAGAGAUGCUGGAGAGCACCAUGGCGGCCAUAGAGAACUCCGUGGCUCAGAAAGCAGACCUCUUGGAACUUGACUGCCACCUGACAAGGGAUGGCGUCGUGGUGGUAUCACACGACAAGAACCUGAAGCGCCAGUCGGGCCUGAACAAGGAUAUAAGCAGCCUGGAUUUUCAGGAUCUGCCGCUUUACAAGAAGAAGCUAGAGAUUUACUUCUCACCAGGCCGCUUUGCCUGUGGGUCUGACAGGCAUAUGAUCCGCCUGGAGGAUGUGUUCCAGAGGUUUCCACAGUUGCCCGCCAUCGUGGAGAUCAAAGAAAAGAAUGAGGAGCUCAUUCACAAGGUAGCCAGCCUGGCAAAGCGCUUUCACCGCAGCCAGAUCACCAUAUGGGCCUCAGAGAAGAGCUCGAUUAUGAAGAAAUGCAAGGCCGCUAACCCUGAUAUGCCCAUAUCCUUCACGACAAACCGAGCACUCUGGAUGGUGUUGCUCUAUCACCUGGGACUGCUGCCCUUUGUCUCCUUUCCUGAGCAGUUCUUCUUCUGCUUCCUGCCCACCAUCGUCAACAGGACCUACUUCCCAUUUUCUUGCUCCAGGCUAAACAAGCUGUAUGCUGUGGUUACAAAAUGGCUCAUCAUGAGGAAAAGUCUGAUCCGCCACCUGGAGGCGCGAGGGGUACAGGUGAUAUUUUGGUGCCUUAAUGAAGAGUCAGAUUUUGAAGCAGCUUCUGGCCUGGGGGCCACUGGCAUCAUAACAGAUUUCCCCACAGCCCUCAGGUGCUACCUAGAUAACCAGCAAACCAGCAGCAGCCCCUGGGUCUGAGGCUCUCUUCUGUUUCUCUUCCUGAAAAAUAA